AUGGAAUUCCUCACUCAAUUCCUGAUUCUGUUGCUUUGCAUUGAGAUGAUGUUCUAUUUUGGCCUAAUUUGGCAGAUCUCGAGCGUUGUCUCUGUUUUCGAAGCGGAUUCGUAUGGAUUUGAGGCGAUUGCUAGAAGUAAGGAAGUGAUUAAGGGGAAAAUGAUGAUGGGUUUGAUUCUUCUGAUUCUGAUUUGCUUCCCUGUCGGAGUGGUUGUGUUUGUGGUUCAUUAUGGGAUUGUUGUUGAAUCGGCGUUGGUGAGAGUGGGAAUUAUGGGGAGUGUUUGGAUUUAUUCGUUUAUGAUGUUCUUGUUGAGUGGUACUGUGUUGUAUUUGGUCUGCAGAUUGUUUAAGGGUGAGCGCAUCGAGGAAUCGACUCUUUCCGAUCACCUUCAAGGAUAUUUUCCGAUCAAGUCUGAAUAUGUGAAAGUUGAAGGGGAUAGUGACAUUGAAACAUCGCUUGUGGUCUAA